UUCUUUAGCGUGUUGUCCGCCAUCUUCAUCGUUUGCGUGUGAUUUCGUCUCGAGGAAAAAAAUCGAAAAAGUUGAAAUAAACUCGCGUCUCCGGUGAAUAUUCAGCUGAUUUCUGAAUCUCUAACCUUCAGCCGAAAAACUGAGCUACUUGUGAAUCCUGCAAGCAUGGAGCAAACGUGCACCACCACCAUGAAGACGACGUCUUUUUCACAUGUGUGGAUAGUACAGAACUACUCCAGUAUCGCACCCAACAUGCCGCUGCGUUCGAUGGAGUUCACCAGCGUGUCACCGCAAUCCCGUCAACCGGUGUCCUGGUACUACAUGCUUGAGUUCCUUAAAGAUUUCUAUACAAAAAAGACACGCAAUCAGCAAAAUUGCCAGCCCCAAGACAACUAUUACAACAGUUCCCUGAACAACAAAGCCAAUGUUUUGGCGAUUGAGGCGUUCACCGGUUCAACCUACAUUUCCCGAUCCAGACUGCAUGCGAAUAUCGCUCUACAGAUCUAUGUCGGAAGUAAAUACUCUAUUUCUGGAAUUUUUGAAGCCGAUUCUGAGAUCGGGGAAUGCAUCCAGAUCGAUCGGCCCACUGUCCAAUCCAAUUGCGUUAAAAACGACACACUUACGCUGACUUUCCACUGUACCCUUUAUGAAGAAAUCCUUAAAGGAGAUCCACGGCAACAGGCGCAAGCUCAACAGAUCCCCGACUCUCUGCUUGUGAGUCACCUCGAUGAACUCUUCACCAAAAAUAAGUUCAGCGACGUGACGAUGAUCAUUGGCAAAAGCAAUUCCGUGCCCAUAAGGCCAUCCUGGCCGUUCGCAGCCCGGUUUUUGCCGCCAUGUUCGAGCACGACAUGCAGGAGUCGAAGGAGAACACGGUCAAGAUCACGGACAUACGCGCGGAGGUGUUCCAGGAGGUGCUGCGCUUCAUCUACACCGGUAAGGUGCAGGACAUGGACCAACUGGCCCGCGCCCUUUUGAUUGCUGCCGACAAGUACUCGCUGGACACGCUGAAAUCCAAGUGCAGCGAACAUCUCGGUUCCAGGCUGUCGGUGGCGACGGCAACGGCCACGCUGGAACUGGCGGAUAAGUACAAUGCGGGCGCGUUGAAGCAGCAAGCCAUCAAGUUCAUCUCGAAGCACGUGAAGCAGCUGAACCCGGCCGACUGGAAGGAGGUUCUGACCAACAACUUUGACGUGGCCGCCGAGAUCAUUGCCCAGAUGGUGAAGGAGAAGUGAGGGGGCGGACUUUUGUUGGGUUUUCGUUUUUUCCUUUUUUGUUUUAACUUGACGACAUCUUGAAUUUUUAAGUGCGAUAAAAGCUGACUCUUUUGAAUUACUUCAGCCAACUAGAUUGUAAGACCUAGGGUAGGGAACGUCGCGAAGCGUCGAAAAGCUGAUUCCAUCAAUAAACGUUCAAUCGCUCAAUCUGUGAGAGCAACUGCA